AUGAACUCUGCUGAGACGGAUGCGAACGGUAGUAUGGGUGGCGUAGAUCCGCUUCAGGCAAUGAAAAAGGUAUUAGAAGAAUACCCGGCUGGAGAGGAAUUUGAUGAGCUGAUCGCACCCGUCGAAAACCACCUGCGGAACGAAAUCCGGAAGCGAAAUUGCCGCAUCCUGCUCAAGGUAUCCGGUGCAGCCACUCUGGCUCUUGUUACCAUUUUCGCCCUAGUCACCUUCACACCGUUCUACUAUCACCUACGUGCCCUCGGACGCAUAGGACUAAUUCAGUUGACUCCAUACUGGGAUUGGAGCGAUUACUACUAUCGGGAUUGCCUAAUAGAAAACACUUUCACUAUCAAGGACGAUUCUCCGUCGCAGUCGGAUUGUUCAGCUUGCGAAGACAUUGGACCCAUAAAAACUGUAAGCAAUAUAUCAACGCGCUUAUUGAUCGAUAACUACAUCAACCAAGAGGUUCCUGUCAUUGUGACCGAUGGUGCGCUGGAUUGGAAAGUUGUAAACGACCCCGAUUUUGGGCUCGACACUAUUUCUGAGGCGUAUCGUCAAGAUGAUUCCGGACGAAAGAUCUGCCAAUGGAAAAGUAACAUUUUCCCGUCUAAUAUGGACCUAGUGGAUUUCAUGCAACAGGUUCACGGUUUUCCGUUUGAGCGACCGUGGUUUGCUCAUUGGGAAAACUGUGGUCGCAAAAGUGUUAAAACAGGACGCCGUUUCUAUACAAGACCCUACUUUAUAACGGCGACUUUUGAUAUCUCUUUCAACAAUUGGAUUCUAAUUUCAAAUUAUUAUCACGCCCAACGUUUCAAACAGGUGAAGCUCCAUACCAGAUUGGCAAUGAUGGCCCAAAUACGCGGAUCUCAUCGCCUUCGGCUCCUACCCCAGCUGGCAUGCGAAGCAGAAUGUCCAGUACUUCAGCUUACCUUACUCGAGGGUGAAAUAGUUCUGUUUAAUCCUAAACGUUGGCAUUUGGAAUAUCAACCUGAGGGAGAUUCUUCAAAUAUUGCUUUCAUUAUUCAAGCAGAAAUGGAUUAAUUUCAAAACAGCUUCUAUCAAUGUGUGAUCUAUGGUUAGC